AUGAACAAGCAAAUUGAAGAUUUAGUAUCUAAGUGUGUAACAUGUAUUUCGCAUCAAAGAAAAAACACUAAAGAACCGAUGAUUGUAAGAGAUGUACCAGAAGGUCCAUGGCAAGAAUUAGGUAUUGACUUAUUUCACUUCAAAAAUUCAGAAUGGUUAUUGGUAAUAGAUUAUUUUAGCAAAUAUGUAGAAGUUGCGCAAUUAAAAGAUACUAGUAGUUUUACAGUCAUAGCGAUUCUGAAAUCUUUAUUUGCUCGACAUGGAAUACCAAAAAUUGUAAAUUCUGAUAAUGGAACACAAUUAAACAGUCGCGAAAUGAAAGAGUUUGCAAAAGCAUGGAACUUUAUUAGUAAAACUUCUAGUCCUAGAUAUCCUCAAUCAAAUGGAAUGGUUGAAAAACAUAUUGGAAUCGUAAAAAAUAUGUUUAAGAAAAUAGAAGUAGAAAGUAAGGAUCCAUGGCUUGCACUUUUAGAGUAUAGAAAUACGCCAAUAACACAUGAAUUAGAGUCACCAAACGAAUUAAUGUUUAAUCGAAAAACUAGAGGCCUUCUGCCAAUUAAAAUUGAUGAGAAAAAUGUUGAAAAAAAUAAACUAGUUAAAUGUAAAUUAGAAGAACGACAGUCGAAACAAAAGUACUAA